AAGUUUACGUGAAACGAGCUGAUAAAUAUCUCCGAUAGCUUCGCUCUAGAGCUUACAGAAUUUCCGACCGAAGCUUGGUGAGAGAGAGGGAGAGACAGAGAUCGGUAAUGGCAAUGAGAGGAUACACGUUAUGUUCGAUCCUUGUGUUCUCGUUGUUCGCUUCGUGCGUAAGAAGCAAGGAGACGAAGGAGUUUGUGUUGACAUUGGAUCACACUAACUUCACCGAAACCAUCAACAAGCAUGAUUUCAUUGUCGUCGAGUUUUACGCCCCUUGGUGUGGACACUGCAAGCAGCUAGCUCCUGAGUACGAGAAGGCUGCGUCAGAAUUGAGCAGUCAUGUCUCUCCAGUGGUUCUCGCCAAGAUCGAUGCAAGCGAGGAAACAAACAAAGAAUUUGCAACGAAGUACUCGGUUCAGGGCUUCCCAACAAUCAAGAUCCUCAGAAACGGAGGGAAAGCUGUUCAAGAAUACAGCGGACCUCGUGAAGCUGACGGGAUUGUUACUUACUUGAAGAAACAGAGCGGUCCUGCUUCUUUUGAAAUCAAGUCUGCUGAUGCUGCUGCUGAGGUUGUUGGUGACAAGAAUGUGGUUGCAGUUGGUGUUUUCCCUAAACUAUCUGGCGCUGAGUUUGAUUCUUUCAUGGCCACUGCUGAGAAACUGCGCUCUGAUUAUGAUUUCGCACACACCUCAGAUGCUAAGCUUCUUCCUCGUGGAGAGUCUGUGACAGGACCUGUAGUCAGGCUAUUCAAACCCUUUGAUGAACUGUUUGUUGAUUUCAGGGAUUUUGUUGGAGAAGCUUUGGAGAAAUUUGUCAAAGAAUCAAGCAUUCCUCUUAUCACCGUCUUUGAUAGUGAUCCAAACAACCAUCCAUAUGUUCUCAAAUUCUUUGAAAUCCCUAAUACUAAGGCGUUGUUUUUCAUGAACUUCAACGGAGAAGGAGCUGAGUCUCUUAAAUCAAAGUACCGUGAAGUUGCUGCAUCCAACAAGGGACAUGGUCUUAGCUUUCUUCUCGGUGAUGCUGAGAACAGCCAAGAGGCACUCCAGCACUAUGGAGUCGAACAGAGGCAACUUCCUCUCAUCAUCCUCCAGACAGUGGAUGACAAAAAGUACCUGAAAACAAAUGUGGAGGUUGACCAGAUUGAAUCAUGGAUCAAUGACUUCAAGGACGGGAAAGUUUCUCCGUACAAAAAAUCUCAACCUAUCCCGAGUGAAAACAACGAGCCAGUGAAAGUUGUUGUUGCUGAGAGCCUUGACGAGAUGGUUUUCAACUCUGGAAAGAACGUCUUGCUUGAGUUCUAUGCUCCAUGGUGUGGACACUGCCAAAAUCUUGUUCCAAUCCUGGACGAAGUUGCUGUGUCGUACCAAAGCGACCCAAGUGUAGUCAUAGCUAAGUUUGAUGCAACCGCAAAUGACUUCCCACAUGACACCUUUGAUGUGAAGGGCUUUCCAACCAUUUACUUAAGAUCAGCGAAUGGAAACAUUGUGCUUUACAAAGGAGACAGGACAAAGGAAGAUAUCACAAGCUUCAUUGACAAGAACAAGGACACAGCUGGAGAGACUAAGACAGAGGAAAAGACAACUAAGGAAGUUAAGGACGAGCUCUGAGGGGAGAAAGUGUGUUCUGUCUCUAAGCUGCUAGCUUAAUUAGUUUGGUAGUUUUGAGGAAAGUACACAGAAGAAGACAAGGCUUUGUGUAGAUAGACAGAAAGAGAAGGUCUCUUUAUCUAUUCAUAGUUUUAAUAUGCAAUCUGCAGAACAAUAACGGCUGCUUCAUUUGCUUUUGUUUUGGUCAUUUUUUAUUUUAUUUUUUGAACUCCGUUCUCUUUUAAUAUUAUACUAGACCCUGAGCGCGGAUAUGAAUUUUCAGUUUUUAAUUAUUUAUUUUAUUAAAUGAUGUAUUUGUAAUAUUCGUUCAUAUUAUAUUCAUUAAAUAAAUAUUUUUUUUUGCAUCUUAAACUAUCUAUUUUUUUUACGAAUGUGUGAUAUCAUAUAAAAAAUAUAAAAAAAAUGUGUAUAGAGUUAAUUAGUUAAUUUUAAAAACAAAAAUUUUUCUUUCGUGUGCGAUAUCAUAUAAAUAAUGAUCCACCCAGUUAAUAAAAAUCAUGAUUAUUUUAUGUGUAAUUUUUUUUUAUUUUGAAUAUUUCCUUAAGACUAUAUUAAAUUUUACAUAUUUUAAUUAGAAUAUUUUUAAUAUAUUUACUUUUUAUUUGAAAUGCAACUCAAUAUUUUUUAACAAUUAUAACAAAAUAUUUAAAAAAUAUUUUUUUAGAAUUUGUUUGAAAAAUAUGAAAAUUACAUUUUAAAUUAAAAUUAUCCUAAAAUAUGAUAAGUUUUGAUGUAAACGAAAACUCAUAUUAUGUCAAAAAUAAUGAUAUUCAAUGAUAAUAACAAUUUUAAUUGAUUAUUUUUUAAAAAAUACAUUUACAAAAAUAUUGUUUGAAAGAAAAUUCAUUUAUCUUUCAAAUAUAAAAUGAAAAUAUUAUAAUUAAAUAAUAAAAAAUAUAAAUAAAAAUCAUAAAUUUAGCAAAUGACAACUGAGUUAUAUUAUGCUAAAAUUUUCUUUCUAACAAUUUAUCAAAUGACAAAUGAGUUAUGAGCAAAUAAUACCAUAUAAUUUUUAAAACCAUAGUCAUUCUUAAAUAUUUUUUGAAUAAAUAAUUAUUUUUAAAUUUAAUCAACUGAAAAUAAUAUCUGUACAAUUGUGUGAGUCAAAUUCUAGUUUUAUUGAUGCAUGUUAUAUAUUAGUGCUGCAUGUUUUAGGUAACAUUUUAAUGAUGCACGUUUUCAAAAAUCUUCAUUAUUAAAAUUAUGCACGUAAGGAUAACUAAUGAGUUUUUUUGGUUGAUUAAAUGACAUUAUGUCCAAAUUUAUUUAAGGAUAUUUUAUUAAGGUAACUGAAAAAGACAAACAAUAAAAUAUUAAGUUUAAAUUCAUUUAAGCAUAUUUCAUUAAUGUAACUGAAAAGACAAGUAAUAAAUUACGCAGUUUUAUUCGUUUUAAGAUAUUUCAUAAAUGCAACU